GUGUUCAGUCGUCGAACGGACGCUUGGACUGUACUGUUGCACCCGCGUUUUUCUAAAUCAGGUGUAACGAGGAGCCAUGCAGACACGCGGUUGGCUCACUCUUACGUGACUUGUUAUUAUUGUUGGAUUGUGAUUGUUUGGUUGUUUUUUUUUGGGUUUAUUGGCACACGCUCGACUAGGGUGUGUUGUUAAUUAUUAUUACUAUUAUUAUUGUUGUUGAUACAUGAUUGCUGUGGUACAGUCACCAAAAACUAGAGCUAAUUGGAUUAUUGCGACGGUACAUGCAAAUACAGUUGUCUUAAGUCGUGGAGGGAGACAAAGACCAGAGGAAACCUCAUCGGAGUCAGACCUACUCUCUGAUCUCUAUAGGAUACACGAGGUCUGAGGAUGGCUGACAGCGAGGGUGGAUCCGAACAGGAUGAUGUUUCAUUUCUCCGCACGGAGGAUAUGGUAUGUCUAUCCUGUACGGCUACAGGUGAACGAGUUUGUUUAGCAGCUGAGGGAUUUGGUAAUCGUCACUGUUUUCUAGAAAAUAUCGCAGACAAGAACAUACCACCAGACCUCUCUCAAUGUGUCUUUGUGAUAGAACAAGCUCUCUCGGUGCGAGCUUUGCAGGAAUUAGUGACAGCAGCUGGUUCAGAGACGCAGCAAGACACACUUGGCAAAGGUACAGGAUCAGGACAUCGUACGCUCCUUUACGGAAAUGCUAUUUUACUCAGGCAUCUAAACAGCGACAUGUACCUCGCCUGUUUGUCAACAAGCUCAUCAAAUGACAAAUUGUCGUUUGAUGUGGGUCUACAAGAGCACUCUCAAGGAGAGGCUUGUUGGUGGACGGUGCAUCCAGCUUCCAAACAAAGAUCUGAAGGAGAAAAAGUCAGAGUCGGUGACGACCUUAUUCUUGUAUCCGUCGCUACCGAAAGAUACUUGCACACGACGAAAGAAAAUAAUUUAUCGGUAGUAAAUGCAUCAUUUCACGUGACACACUGGUCAGUUCAGCCCUAUGGGACCGGAAUCAGCAGGAUGAAAUACGUUGGCUACGUUUUUGGAGGGGAUGUACUUAGAUUUUUCCACGGAGGUGACGAGUGCUUAACUAUUCCAUCUACUUGGAGUACUUCACCUGGUCAAAACAUUGUUAUUUACGAAGGAGGUAGCGUUAUGAGUCAAGCACGAUCACUCUGGCGCUUAGAACUGGCACGUACCAAAUGGGCCGGUGGUUUUAUCAAUUGGUUGCACCCAAUGCGAAUAAGACAUUUAACAACGGGCCGUUAUCUCGGCGUUAAAGAGAAUAACGAACUAUAUUUAGUCGAUAGAAAUGAAGCUACGAUUGAGACUUCGACCUUCUGGCUACGUCAGGAGAAGGACGACCAAAAAAUAGUCCUUGAGGAUAAGGAUCUUGAAGUCAUUGGAAUGCCUAUUAUUAAGUAUGGUGAUUCUACGGUCAUCAUGCAGCAUUCUACGACAUGUCUUUGGGUUUCUUAUAAGUCCUAUGAAACAAAAAAGAAAGGUGUCGGCAAAGUAGAAGAAAAACAGGCAGUUUUGCAUGAGGAAGGUAAGAUGGACGACGGGUUAGACUUCUCGAGGUCGCAAGAAGAAGAAUCAAGGACCGCGAGGGUUAUACGCAAAUGCAGCAGCCUUUUUACUCAAUUCAUCACAGGCCUAGAAACGUUACAGAUUGACCGAAGAGCGUCGAUGUUUUUUCAAAAUGUCAAUCUUAAUGAAAUGGUCAUGUGUUUGGAGGAUUUGAUUAAUUACUUCGCCCAGCCUGAGGAUGAUAUGGAACACGAAGAGAAACAAAACCGAUUCCGAGCUUUGAGAAACCGCCAGGAUUUAUUCCAAGAGGAGGGAAUUCUGAACUUGAUACUGGAGGCUAUUGACAAGAUAAACGUAAUAACAUCUCAGGGGUUUUUGGUCGCAAUGUUUGGGGACGAGAGCGGACAGGCGUGGGAUCAAAUUUCGGGAUACUUGUAUCAAUUACUGGCAGCAAUAAUAAAGGGAAACCAUACCAACUGUGCUCAGUUCGCGAAUAGUAAUCGUUUAAACUGGUUGUUCAGUCGAUUGGGGUCACAGGCCUCCAGUGAAGGCACUGGAAUGCUUGAUGUGCUUCAUUGUGUCCUCAUCGACUCACCAGAAGCGCUGAAUAUGAUGAGGGAUGAACAUAUCAAAGUUAUAAUAUCACUUCUGGAAAAACACGGUCGCGACCCAAAAGUCCUGGAUGUCCUCUGUUCUCUCUGUGUGGGAAAUGGCGUCGCAGUUCGGUCGUCCCAGAACAACAUCUGCGAUUUCCUUCUUCCUGGAAAAAACUUACUUCUUCAAACGCAAUUGGUGGACCACGUGGCCAGUGUGAGACCUAAUAUCUUUGUUGGUAGAGUCGAGGGCUCUGCGGUCUAUCAGAAGUGGUACUUUGAAGUUACGGUGGAUCACAUCGAACAAACGACGCAUAUGAUGCCACACUUGAGGAUUGGCUGGGCCAACACCACCGGGUACGUUCCAUAUCCAGGAGGCGGUGAAAAAUGGGGUGGUAACGGUGUUGGGGAUGAUUUAUACUCAUUCGGAUUUGACGGGGCGUUUCUGUGGACCGGAGGCAGAAAGACACCAGUACUAAACAACGCUACGGAGCCGUAUAUCAGAAAAGGUGACGUGGUUGGGUGCGCGCUGGAUUUGACCGUCCCGGUAAUAACAUUCACGUUCAACGGAUCAAACAUUUCCGGGUCCUUCAGGAAUUUCAAUCUUGACGGGAUGUUUUUCCCAGUGAUAAGUUGCUCUUCAAAAUUGUCCUGCCGAUUUCUGCUUGGAGGUGACCAAGGAAGGAUGAAGUUCCAGCCACCUGAAGAAUUUUCUCCAUUAGUUGAAAGCUUGUUACCACAGCAAAUUCUUUCCCUCGACCCGUGCUUCUACUUCGGGAACAUGAGCAAGGUAGUUUUGGCCGGUCCUUGGUCCGUCGAAGACGACACAGCCUUUGUUCCUGCUCCAGUGGACACCAGUAUGGUCAAUCUUCCGGCUUAUGUUGAACAAAUACGCGAUAAAUUGGCGGAAAACAUCCACGAGAUGUGGGCGAUGAACAAAAUUGAAGCGGGCUGGAUUUUUGGAGAACAGCGCGAUGAUAUGCGGAAGAUUCAUCCUUGUAUAGUUCAAUUUGAAAAGCUACCGGCUGCUGAAAAAAGAUACGACACUCAGCUGGCUGUUCAGACGUUGAAGACAAUUUUAGCGUUGGGUUAUUAUAUCACCGUGGAUAAGCCGGAGCAAAGGAUCAAGACUCUGAGGCUGCCAAAUGAACCGUUUUUGCAGAGUAGUGGAUACAAACCCGCGCCUCUAGAUUUGACCGCAAUUACCCUGACGCCAAAAAUGGAAGAACUGGUGGACCAAUUGGCGGAAAAUACUCACAAUUUGUGGGCUAAGGAGAGGAUCAGUCAAGGGUGGACCUAUGGGCUUAACGAGGACUCUGAGAUGAGACGCAGUCCGCAUUUAGUGCCUUAUCCAAAAGUCGACGAAGCUAUCAAAAAGGCUAACAGAGACACUGCUAGUGAAACUGUUAGAACGCUUUUGGUUUAUGGAUAUAUGUUAGAUCCGCCUACUGGGGAACAACAUGAAGCAUUACUUCUAGAAGCAAGCAGACUACGUCAAUUAUGCUUCAGAACAUACAGAGUAGAGAGGCACUACGCAGUAACCAGUGGAAAGUGGUACUUUGAAUUUGAAGUACUGACUGCAGGACCGAUGCGCGUAGGAUGGGCAAAGGCCGAUUGCAUGCCAGGAAACAUGCUUGGAAGUGACGAUUGCACUUGGGCUUUUGAUGGGUAUAACGAGGAAAAAGUAUUCUCGGGCAACGCCGAAACGUUUGGCAAACAAUGGCAAGUUGGAGAUGUUGUUGGUGUGUUCCUGGAUCUUAUUGACCGAACAAUUAGUUUUUCGUUAAAUGGAGAGCUUCUUAUGGACGCGUUAGGAGGAGAAACAUCAUUUGCUGAUGUUCAAGGUGACUCUUUUGUACCGGCUUUUACAUUGGGAGUAGGUCAAAGAGCUAAAUUAACAUUUGGACAGGAUGUUAAUACUUUGAGGUACUUUACUACUUGUGGUCUUCAGGAAGGAUAUGAACCUUUUUGUGUAAACAUGAAUAGAGCAGUAACAUAUUGGUACACAAAAGAUCAACCGAUUUUUGAAAACACCGACGACAUGAUUGACGGGCGAAUUGAUGUCGCGAGAAUUCCCGCGGGGUCUGACAGCCCACCGUGUCUCAAAAUAUCACACAAUACAUUUGAGACCAUGGAGAAGGCUAAUUGGGAAUUUCUCCGUCUGUCUUUGCCCGUUAUCUGUCAAUCAUCUUUCAUAACGGAGAACGAGAAAACGAGGCGAUGGCAAGAGAUUAAAAUGCGCCAAAAUAGAUUGUUGGUUGAACAAAAUGAACAAUAUCACGCGGCUACGCCGUCGGCUAAUAUGGAGCAUAUUAUGAAGUCUGGAUUUAGUAUGAGUGAUAUCAAAGGAUUACAAAGAAAUUACUCAGAAGAUGCCGUCGAAGAAGCUGUUGAAAUGAUGAAAGAAUCACCUUUACCUCAAAGAAGCAAACCAGCAAGACCUCCUCGCAAAAACUCUCUCUACGAAUCGCAUAAUUUAAAUCAUGACAGCGGUAAUGAGGGCGAGAUGAAUGGAUUCGAGGAGAUGAACGGAGAUGCAAAGGAUGAUAAAAAAUUAAAACGCGGCAGAUCACCGUUCAGUACGCUUAAAGAAGAAGUAGAGGAAAGUCCAUUUUUUUCGCGCAAAGCCAAGUCUCCGGAUGCAAAGUCAAGGACUCCAGAACCGGGUAUGCUCGAUAUGACGGACAAAGCGGCUCGAGGUGUUUCUGCGUCGCGACUUUCUAACAAAUCGCCUCAAAUUCGCGUAUCGACGACUGACUUGAAAGUUGUCCCGCCCCAAAUCCCGGAACGCAAUGCGCCAAAAGCGAUGUCUGUAAACUUGACUGGAACUGGAGUAGAAGCUAUUGGAAAUGAACUUUUCGACGCAGAUUGUUUGAAAUUGAUGAAUGAAUAUUUUUAUGGUGUACGAGUAUUCCCUGGGCAGGAUCCAACUCAUGUUUAUGUAGGUUGGGUCACAUCACAGUAUCAUCUACAUACCAAGGACUUUAAUCUCUCACGUGUUAGGAAAUCGUCUGUUGUUAUUGUUGAUGAAUAUGACCGUGUUGUUGAACAAGUAGAUAGACAAAGUUGCUACAUGGUUCGAGCGGACGAGCUUUACAACGAAGUAACCCAAGAUGCGUCUGGAAAAGGAGCUUCUCAAGGAAUGUUCGUCGGGUGCUUCGUAGACACAGCGACUGGUCUCGUAUCGUUUACCUGCGAGGGAAAAGAAACCAGUCACAAGUUCAAAAUGGAGCCUGAUACAAAACUCUUCCCCGCGAUCUUCGUCGAAGCUACAAGCAAAGAAAUCCUCCAGAUUGAAUUGGGCCGUACGUCAACGACUCUCCCGCUUUCAGCGGCUGUUCUUCAAAACUCUGAACGUCACGUAACUCCGCAGUUUCCUCCGCGUUUGAAAGUCCAGUGCUUGAAACCCCAUCAGUGGGCAAGAGUCCCUAAUCAAUCUCUCCAGGUGCAUGCCUUGAAGCUUUCUGACAUCAGAGGGUGGUCCAUGCUCUGCGAGGACGCAAUUUCAAUGCUAGCACUGCAUAUUCCUGAAGAGGAUCGAUGCAUUGACAUACUGGAGCUUAUCGAGAUGGAUAAGCUUCUAAGUUUCCAUGCACAUACUUUGAUUUUGUACGCUGCAUUGUGUUAUCAAUCAAACUAUAGAGCAGCCCACGCGCUUUGUCUCCACGUCGAUCAGAAACAAUUGUUGUAUGCCAUACGCGCUGAAUACAUGUCAGGUCCGCUACGUCAAGGAUUUUAUGACCUUCUCAUUGCUCUUCAUCUUGAGUCACAUGCAACGACUAUGGAAACUUGCAAAAAUGAAUUCAUUAUCCCUCUAGGACAAGAAUUGAAAGAUCUUUACGAAAACGAGGAAAUGUGCCACAGCUUAAGAUACCUAGAAACAGAAUCUGUAAGACCACAGAUGAAAAUGACCGACAUCAGGUUAUUUCCUUCCAGCGAAAACCAGAACAUCGAGAACAUCCGCAGUCUCUACAGCCCGUACUUUCCUCUGGAUAUCGUAAGGGAUUACGUUAUGAUGGCGCUCAAUGAAGCCGUUGAAAUAAACCAAGUCCACAAUCGCGAUCCAAUUGGUGGCAGCAACGAGAAUCUCUUUUUACCUUUAUUGAAACUUACUGACCGGUUACUUUUGGUUGGAAAACUGAGAAAUGAAGACAUUGCAAAACUUCUUAUUAUGAUCAAUCCAGAAACUUGGGACCCGACUUUUGAUAAAGAGGGAAAAGAUGAGCACAAAAAAGGAUUACUACACAUGAAAAUGGCCGAAGGAGCAAAGCUUCAGAUGUGUUACCUCCUCCACCAUUUAUGCGACAUCCAACUCCGUCACAGAGUAGAAUCAAUAAUCGCCUUUAGUCACGACUUCGUCGGGGAGCUCCAAGCGGAUCAAUUGCGGCGUUACAUAGACAUAAAACAAUCAGAUUUGCCUUCAGCAGUUGCUGCCAAAAAGACCAAAGAGUACCGUUGUCCACCCCGUGAGCAAAUGAACUCUAUCCUAAGUUUCAAAAGCCUGGAGGAUGACGAUCCCGAUAAUAUUCCCUGUGGAGAAGAUUUAAUAGCAAAGAUGAACGAGUUUCACGGUAAACUCAUGUCCUACGUUUCUCUUCAAGCCAUCGAGGAAUCUUCAGAUGCUACUGACGAAUCUGCAGAGCCUCCGAAGCCAGAAGGCUGGAAGAAAGUUUUCUCCAUUAUUCCCUUCAAGUCGCAGGCACUGAUGAUAAAAGAAAUCGAGGAGGAGUCGAAACCAGAGGAGGAACCUGUUAAGAAAACUCCGGAAGAAGUAUUCCGCAAGGUUUUGAUCUCGACGAUUGUCAGUUGGGCGGAAGAAACCCAAAUUGAAACUCCGAAACUCGUAAGAGAGAUGUUCAGUCUCUUGGUGAGACAGUAUGACACAGUAGGCGAGUUGAUAAGAGCUUUGGAAAAGACUUAUGUGAUCAACAGCAAGACCAAAGAUGAUGUGGCUGGAAUGUGGGUCGGGUUGGUUCAAAUUCGUGCAUUGCUUCCAGUCCAGAUGUCUCAGGAAGAAGAAGAACUGGUUAGAGAAAGAUUGUGGAAGCUUGUCAACAAUCACACUUUCUUCCAGCACCCAGAUUUGAUCCGUGUGCUGAGAAUCCACGAGAAUGUGAUGGCUAUUAUGAUCAAUACGCUGGGUCGUAGGUCCCAAGCGCAAUCAGACACCCAAACUCAGGCUCAAGUCGCAGAAGGCGAAGCUCCUUCAAAAGAAAAAGAUACCUCGCAUGAAAUGGUCGUCGCUUGUUGCAGAUUUUUAUGUUACUUCUGCAGAACUUCUAGGCAGAAUCAGAAAGCUAUGUUUGAUCACUUCAAUUUCUUGCUAGAGAACAGUAAUAUUUUGUUGUCAAGACCUUCGUUGAGAGGCUCCACGCCGCUGGAUGUUGCUUACUCAAGUCUGAUGGAAAAUACGGAGCUUGCUCUGGCUUUGAGGGAACAUUAUUUGGAGAAGAUUGCGGUUUACUUGUCACGCUGCGGCUUGCAAUCUAAUUCAGAGCUUAUUGAAAAGGGAUAUCCUGAUCUUGGGUGGGAUCCGGUUGAAGGAGAACGUUAUCUUGAUUUCUUGAGAUUCUGCGUUUGGGUUAAUGGUGAAAGUGUUGAAGAAAAUGCAAAUUUAGUUAUCCGCUUGCUGAUCCGUCGACCAGAAUGUCUUGGACCAGCUUUACGUGGUGAAGGCGAGGGACUUUUGCAAGCUAUUAUUGAAGCUAACAAAAUGUCUGAACGAAUCGCGGACCGGCGAAAACGUUUUAAACAGGUCCACGACGAAGCCGAGGGCAAUGCGAUAAUCGCCCAAUUUGAACACCCACUUCCCGAAUCAGAUGACGAUGAAGAUUACAUCGACACUGGAGCUGCUAUUUUGAAUUUCUACUGUACGCUUGUCGACUUAUUGGGCCGCUGUGCUCCAGAUUCUUCAGUUAUCGAGCAAGGCAAAAAUGAAUCACUGAGAGCCCGAGCAAUCUUGAGAUCUCUCGUUCCGCUGGACGAUCUUCAAGGAGUAUUAUCUCUGCGCUUUACUCUUUUGAAUCUUGCAGCCGGCCAGGAAAGACCAAAAAGCGACACACCAUCAGGAUUGAUUCCAGGUCACAAGCAGAGUGUUGUGCUGUUCUUGGAGCGGGUCUACGGUAUCGAGACCAAAGAACUGUUUUUUAAGAUUCUAGAAGAAGCUUUUCUGCCUGACUUGCGUGCUGCUACGAUGCUCGACAGAAACGAUGGCUAUGAAUCAGACAUGGCUCUUGCGAUGAAUCGUUACAUUGGAAACAGUAUUCUUCCUUUGUUGAUCAACUUAUCGAAAUUUUAUAACGAAGCUGAUAAUUAUGCUAGCUUGCUUGAUGCAACUCUGCAUACUGUCUAUCGGCUCAGUAAGAACAGGAUGUUGACCAAAGGACAACGUGAAGCUGUGUCAGACUUCUUGGUAGCAUUGACUAGUCAAAUGCAACCGAGUAUGCUGCUGAAACUCCUUCGCAAGCUCACUAUUGAUGUCUCCCAAUUAUCAGAAUACACUACAGUCGCUUUACGACUUCUUACACUGCACUACGAUCGUUGCGCUAAAUAUUACGGCUCAACGGGUGGUCAAGGUUCUAGUGACGAAGAAAAGCGGCUGACGAUGGUAUUAUUCAGCAAUAUAUUCGAUUCACUGUCCAAGAUGGACUACGACCCCGAACUGUUCGGAAAAGCAUUGCCGUGUCUCACAGCGAUCGGUUGCGCUUUACCACCAGAUUAUUCGCUCUCCAAAAAUUACGACGAUGAGUGGUACAGCAGCAAAUCAGCUUCAACACAGUCUCCAGAUGGACCUUACAAUCCCGCACCUAUCAACACCACGAGCGUCGUUCUCAACAACGAUUUGAAUCAAAUAGUCCAGAAGUUUUCCGAACAUUAUCACGACGCUUGGGCUAAUCGCAAGCUUGAAAACGGCUGGACUUACGGAGAGUCAUGGUCUGAUUCCAAUAAAACUCAUCCCAGGUUGAAACCCUACAAUAUGCUGAAUGAUUACGAGAAAGAACGGUAUAAAGAACCGGUUAGAGAGAGUUUGAAAGCUCUGCUUGCAAUUGGGUGGAGUGUCGAGCAUGCUGAAGUUGAUGUUCCUUCAACGAACCGUAGUUCUUUAAGACGAUCUUCCAAGAGCCAGAGCGAUGCAGCGAAUCCAUUUAAUUACAAUCCACAUCCAGUUGAUAUGACCAACCUUACAUUAAGCAGAGAAAUGCAAAAUAUGGCUGAAAGAUUAGCCGAUAAUGCUCACGACAUUUGGGCAAAGAAGAAAAAAGAAGAGUUGAUAACUUCAGGAGGUGGAAUUCAUCCUCAAUUAGUUCCGUAUGAUUUACUAACAGACAAGGAAAAGCGCAAAGACCGCGAACGUUCUCAGGAAUUUUUGAAGUAUCUUCAAUACCAAGGUUACAAAUUGCACAAACCAAACCGCGGUGGUGAAACAGAAGUCGCGGGAGCUGGAGCUGCUGUUGAGCUUAGAUUCGCGUACUCGCUUCUGGAGAAAUUGAUCGCGUAUUUGGAUAAGGCGACUAUCAACAUGAAGCUUUUGAAGCCUUCAGAUACGUACAGCAGACGAAACAGUUUUAAAACUUCAACGCGAGAUAUUAAAUUCUUCAGCAAAGUCGUGCUACCUUUGAUGGAAAAAUACUUUAGUACUCACAGAAAUUACUUUAUUGCUGUUGCAACGGCGACUAAUAAUGUUGGUGCAGCUUCGCUUAAAGAAAAGGAAAUGGUUGCUGCGUUGUUUUGCAAAUUGGCGAGUUUGUUGCGCUCAAGACUCGCGGCUUUUGGCGCGGAUGUAAGAAUCACUGUACGAUGUCUUCAGGUACUUGUUAAAGGAAUUGACGCGAAAUCGCUGGUUAAAAAUUGUCCUGAGUUUAUUAGAACUUCUAUGCUGACUUUCUUUAAUAACACUGCGGAUGAUCUUGGUCACACGAUUUUGAAUCUUCAGGAGGGAAGGUAUAGUCAUCUUCGUGGGACACAUUUGAAGACUUCCACGUCGUUGUUUUAUAUCAACAGUGUUGUUUUGCCGACACUCACUGCUAUGUUCGAUCAUCUUGCUGUUUGUGAAUAUGGCAGCGAUCUUUUGCUUGAUCAAAUUCAAGUAGCAUCAUACAAAAUGCUAGCAUCACUCUACUCCCUCGGAACUGAUGCAACAUUGACCCACGACCGCAAGUACCUAAAGACUGAAAUCGAACGAAACAAACCAAAUUUGGGAUCCUGCCUCGGCGCAUUCUCCAGUUGUUUCCCGGUAGCUUUCCUCGAGCCUCACCUUAACAAACAUAAUCAAUUUUCUCUACUAAACCGCAUCGCCGAUAAUUCUCUCGAAGCUCAAGAUAUAAUGAUGCGAAUGGACUCAAGUAUGCCGACUCUGGAAACGAUUCUCGCAGAAGUUGACGCUUUCGUCGAGUCCGAACAAACUUACAACGACGCGCCGCAUAUCGUCGACGUGAUACUACCUCUCCUGUGUUCUUACCUGCCAUUCUGGUGGGCUCAGGGUCCAGAUAACGUUAAUCCUACCGAAGGUACCUACGUCAGUAUGGUAACCAGCGACCACAUGAACCAGUUGCUUAAAAAUGUAUUGAAGUUGAUAAAAAAAAAUAUCGGAAAUGAAAACGCUCCAUGGAUGACCCGCAUCGCAGCUUACACUCAACAGAUUAUCAUCAACUCCUCAGAGGAAUUGUUGAAGGAUCCAUUUUUACCGCUUGCUGAAAGGGUCAGGAAACGGACUGACAAUAUGUUCCACAAAGAAGAAUCACUUCGCGGGUUCAUUAAGUCUUCAACUGAUGAUACUUCGCAAGUAGAAGCUCAGAUUCAAGAAGAUUGGCAGCUUCUUGUACGAGAUAUUUACGCUUUCUAUCCAUUGUUGAUUAAGUACGUUGACUUGCAACGUAAUCAUUGGUUGAGAAAUAAUAUUCCUGAGGCUGAAGACUUGUAUAAUCAUGUAGCAGCCAUUUUUAACAUCUGGUCAAAAUCUCAAUACUUCCUUAAAGAAGAACAGAACUUUAUUUCGGCAAAUGAAAUUGAUAAUAUGGUUCUUAUUAUGCCUACUGCAAUUCGAAGAACUGCUACUGUUACUGAUGGAUCUGCUCCUGCUCCCGGAAAGAAAAAGAAGAAGAACCGUGAUAAGAAACGUGACAAAGACAAAGAAGUCCAGGCAUCAUUAAUGGUAGCCUGUCUCAAACGUUUAUUACCAGUGGGACUUAAUUUAUUCGCUGGCCGAGAACAAGAGUUGGUCCAGCACUGCAAAGAUCGUUUUCUCAAGAAACUUCCGGAAGCAGACAUCGCGGAGUUUGCUAAAAUACAACUAACUCUACCCGACAAAAUAGACCCCGCGGACGAAAUGUCUUGGCAACACUACUUGUACUCGAAGUUGGGGCAAAAGAAGGAUAUCGUUGAACCAGGGAAGCCACCGCAGACCGAGGAUGUCGUUAUGAGAAUUACCGACAUGGCGAAAGUACUCUACGGACUUCAUAUGAUUGAUCAUCCCCAGCAGCAAGGCAAGAGUAGUUACAAAUCCGUGGUCUCUAUUCAACGGAAACGAGCGGUUAUCGCUUGUUUCCGUCAGAAUCCCUUACAUUCCUUACCCAGACAUCGGGCCAUAAAUAUAUUUGCAAGAACUUAUUACGAACUAUGGCUCCAAGACGAAAAUGUUGGACAGGAAAAAAUGAUUGAAGAUUUAACGCAAUCUUUUGAAGACGCAGAACUUAAGAAAGUAGACUCCGCGGAAGACGAAGGAAAACCCGAUCCCCUAACACAAUUGGUAACAACUUUCUGUCGCGGCGCGAUGACCGAGCGUACUGGUGCUCUUCAAGAAGACCCUCUGUACAUGAGUUACGCGCAAAUUAUUUCCAAGUCCUGUGGGGAAGAAGAAGAAGAGGGUGAAGAUGAAGAGGGUGGUGGCGGCGAAGAAGAGGGUCAGGCUUCUAUUCAUAAUAAAGAAGUAUUGAGGCCGAUGUAUAAAUUAAUGGAACAAGAAAUGGAAAAACAAAAAUUGCUAUUCCACCAAGCACGACUUGCAAAUCGAGGUGUCGCAGAAAUGGUUCUCCUCCACAUAUCAGCAUGCAAAGGAGUACCCAGUGAAAUGGUAAUGAAAACUCUCGAGCUGGGAAUAUCGAUCCUCCGCGGCGGUAAUAUUGAUAUCCAGCGGGGAAUGUUGAAUCACUUGAAAGAGAAAAAAGACGUCGGAUUUUUCACUUCAAUCGCGGGACUGAUGAAUUCCUGCAGCGUGUUAGAUCUCGACGCCUUUGAGAGAAAUACCAAAGCCGAGGGGUUGGGUGUGGGAUCUGACGGAGCUGCCGGUGAGAAAAAUAUGCAUGACGCUGAAUUUACAUGCGCUUUAUUCAGGUUUAUUCAAUUGACUUGUGAAGGUCACAAUUUAGACUGGCAAAAUUAUUUAAGAACGCAGGCUGGAAACACGACGACUGUAAACGUGGUAAUUUGUACAGUAGAUUACCUGCUGCGACUACAAGAGUCGAUAAUGGACUUUUACUGGCAUUACUCGAGUAAAGAAUUAAUAGAUCCCGCGGGUAAAGCUAAUUUCUUCAAAGCAAUCAGUGUUGCUAGUCAAGUAUUUAACACGCUUACUGAAGUAAUCCAAGGUCCUUGUGCUCAAAAUCAACAAGCGCUUGCUCACUCGCGUUUAUGGGACGCUGUCGGUGGUUUCUUGUUUUUGUUCUCUCAUAUGCAGGAUAAAUUGUCGAAACAUUCGAGUCAAGUUGAUUUGUUGAAAGAGUUGCUGAAUCUUCAGAAAGAUAUGAUUACUAUGAUGUUGUCUAUGUUGGAAGGAAAUGUUGUAAAUGGUACAAUCGGUAAACAGAUGGUUGAUACAUUGGUAGAGUCUGCGAGUAAUGUCGAAUUGAUCCUCAAGUACUUUGACAUGUUUUUGAAAUUGAAAGAUCUCGUGUCCUCGCCAAGUUUCCUAGAAGUUGAUCUCAAUAAAGACGGAUGGGUGUAUCCAAAAGACUUUAAAGAGAAAAUGGAGCAGCAGAAAAGUUAUACACCGGAGGAAAUAGAUUUUUUGUUGGCCUGUUGCGAGAUAAAUCAUGACGGGAAAAUAGAUUAUGUCGCUUUUAUGAAUCGAUUCCACGAGCCAGCCAAAGAAAUAGGAUUUAACUUAGCGGUGUUGCUAACGAAUUUAUCAGAACACAUGCCAAAUGAACCCCGUCUGGCGCGCUUCCUCGAGACAGCGGGCUCUGUUCUCAAUUACUUUGAGCCAUUCCUCGGUAGAAUUGAAAUCCUCGGUGGAAAUAGGAAAAUAGAACGCGUUUACUUUGAGAUAAAGGAGUCUAAUAUUGAGCAGUGGGAAAAACCGCAGAUCAAAGAAUCCAAGCGGUCGUAUUUCUACAGCACGGUGGUUGAAGCCGGAGACAAAGAGAAGCUUGAGACGUUUAUUAACUUCUGUGAAGACGCUAUUUUUGAAAUGCAACAUGCGAGCGCACUGAUGGCUGUUGAAGAGAGCGGAGGAAUCGGCAAAGCCAGAGAAUCCUCUUACACGUAUAUCACCGACGACGAUGAGGAGAAAAAUAAAGAUCCAAUUAGACGAGGGAUCCAAGCUUUCAAAGACGGAAUUUCAUUUUUAUUUGCAAUGUUCUCGAUUGCUAAUAUUAAGAACAAAAUUGCGGAAAUGCAGCAGAUGACGAUACCUGAGCUAAUUGUUGGAUUUUUCAAAAUGAUAUUCUACGCGUUUUAUUACUCUGGAUUUGGAGUUGGAAUUGUUAUUAAUUACUUUUUGCAAUUUUUAUUGGCUUUGAUGCGCGGUCCCCAUGUCGAAGAACUUGUUGUUGAAGUUAAAGAAGAGGAAGAAAAAUAUUCACGGCAUUUACCUACACUACCACCGACUCCUGAUGAAUCUAAUUUACAAGUACAAGCAUUUGGUAUGGACAUAACUAAAGAAGAAGGUGGUCAAAUAAAAAUAGCUGCUCAUGAAUCGAAUCCCUCGUCUCCCCAAUCCAGCAUAGAUGAACCAGGGGAAAGUACUCCUGAGGAAGGUUUAGUUGACGGCGCUAGCAAAGCUGACGGUGAAUCUGAAGGACCUGUUACCUUGGCUGAUCUUUUAGGCGGUGAACAAGCAAGAGCUCAAGCCGCUGCAACAGCAGAAGCAGCAGCAGCCCAACAAGCAGCAAUGGCUGCAGUUGAAGCUGAAGCUAAGCAAGAAGUCACUGUAGAGCCAUCAGUGGGUUAUACAAUUGACUUUUCAGCUUACACUCAUCGAUUUCUUUCUAUGUUGGCUAGAAAUUUCUACUAUCUUAAAUAUGCAGCAUUAGGUCUUGCUUUUGCGAUCAACUUUGUCCUUUUAUCUUACCGAGUAUCAGCUGCAUUCGACCAAGAUGACGGCAGUGGAGAUUCUAUCGAUGACAUCUUGUCAGAAAUGUCGGGAGCAAGUGGCUCGGGUUCGGGUUUAGGAAGCGGUUUCGCGGAAACUGCGAGCAGUGGUAACGAUGAAGACAGCUCUCAAGAAGAAGAAGAUGAUCCACUUGAAUAUGUCUCUGUACCAGAAGACUACUUUUGGCUAGCUCACUUGAUGAGACUAAUGGCCGGUUUACACUCUCUAGUAUCGUUGGCAAUGCUUGUCGCUUACUACCACCUUAAAGUACCGCUUGCUAUCUUCAAACGUGAAAAAGAAGUCGCCCGUCGAGUUGAAUUCGACGGUUUGUAUAUUAUGGACAACACUUCCAUUGAGGGUGAAGAACUUAAAGAAAAAUGGGAUAAAAUAGUUAUAUCUGCCAAGACUUUUCCUGUUAACUAUUGGGAUAAGUUUGUUAAGAAAAAAGUCAGACAAAAGUACAGUGAAACUUAUGACUUCGAUGCUAUUAGUAAUCUUUUGGGGAUGGAGAAAACUUCGUUUAGUCAACAGGAAGACGAAGGAUCUGGAAUUAUACAUUUCUUCUUUAGCAUCGAUUGGAGGUAUCAAUUAUGGAAAGCUGGUGUCACAAUAACAGAUCAAUCGUUCUUGUACAGUUUGUGGUAUUUUACAUUCUCAAUUCUCGGCAAUUACAACAACUUCUUCUUCGCGGCUCAUCUACUGGACGUCGCAGUUGGAUUCAAAACAUUGAGAACUAUUUUAGAGUCUGUCACGCACAAUGGAAAACAAUUAGUAUUAACAGUCAUGUUGCUCACUAUUAUCGUGUAUAUUUACACAGUCAUAGCCUUUAAUUUCUUCCGUAAAUUUUACAUACAAGAUGAAGACGAAGAAGUCGACAAAAAAUGUCACGACAUGUUAACGUGUUUCGUUUUCCAUCUUUAUAAAGGAGUAAGAGCUGGAGGUGGUAUCGGUGAUGAAAUUGGUGAACCUGACGGCGAUGAAUAUGAACCUUACCGAAUUAUGUUUGAUAUUACAUUUUUCUUCUUUGUAAUUGUUAUCCUUCUUGCUAUUAUUCAAGGUUUGAUCAUUGAUGCAUUCGGAGAGCUUCGUGAUCAAUUGGAAAGUGUUAAAACAAAUAUGGAAAGUAAUUGCUUUAUAUGCGGAUUAGGGAAAGAAUAUUUUGAUGCUGUUCCUCGUGGAUUUGAAACGCACGUUACACAAGAGCAUAAUUUAGCAAAUUACAUGUUCUUCCUCAUGCAUCUCAUUAAUAAGCCAGACACCGAGUACACAGGUCAAGAGACUUAUGUAUGGAACAUGUAUCAACAGCGACAGUGGGACUUUUUCCCGGUUGGUGACUGCUUUAGAAAACAGAACGAAGCCGGAGAGGAAGAAGUCAAAAAAAAAUAAUUUUAAGUGUUUCAUUUUUUUUUUUUUUUUUUUUUUCAUUCAAUUGAUUAUUUAAUCAAUUAAAUAAAAUAUUAUUUACUUACAGACGACAAAAUAUAAAGACAACCGACAGUAAUGAAUUGACAGAAAAAAUUAUUAAAUCAAUGACAAUCUCAUAUCGUAGCGGGCUUUGAGUUUUUCUUACUCGUCUGUCGCACUGAAUCAAAAUUUUAAACAAUUACAUUUAUUAAACAGAAAUACUAGUACUAGUAAUUAAUAAUUUUUGUUUUAUCACAACUAGUGACUAUUGAACGCGAAUACGUACGUGAUAAUAAAGUGCUUAAAAUUGAGGCUUUUUAAAUUUAUAAAAUUGGCUUCAAAUUACAUUAGAUUAUGGUAAAUAAUAAUAAUAUUAAUAAUAAAAAAUAAUAAGCAUUGAACCAAAAUUUUUAAAUAAUAAGUAAUGAUGAUAAAAAUAAAAAUUUAACAAAUUUUUCAUAGCCAUGAAAUUAAAAAUAUUAAUAAUAAUUCCAAAACUUGCAAUUAAAUUUCACCUAUUUUUUCAACUUUAUAAUAGCUUAAUAUUCAAACCAAUAGUUAAUUACUAGACUAUUAAAAUUAGUACGUACGAUUAAUAAAGUAAAAAAUCAACUAUAGAUUUUAAAACUAAAGAAUGCACAAAUUAGUUAUUCUAAAUGAUAAAUAAAAAAAAAAAUCUCAUUAUUUUCUACAAUACUUUAUCGAGUGCGACAUUACACACAAAUAACAAUCAAUAUUAUUAAUAAUUAAUAAUUAUUUAUAUCUAAUGUGCGUUAAAAACAUUUAAAAUAUUUAUAUUGUUACAUGAAUGGAAGUGUGUUUAUCCUAUUAAAUAAUUUAUCUGUUGUUUUUGAUUGUUAUCCACGACUGAACUCAUUAAGAAUCAUCUUCAAUUAUUAAAAAUACAUAACAUAUAUAUAAAUAAA